CACUUCCUGGAGGGCUCAUGAUCGCGCAGACUGGUCACCGGUUCCCGGCAGAGGACACAGUCAUGAAUGGCAGCGGGGACACGGCUUCACAGGUGAGAGCAUAGGCAGCACACAACCUGCAGGGUAUGGGCACAGAGAGCGACAGCAUGCUGCAGCUCGCAGCCGAGGCGUUCCAGUCCAAAAACUUCGACCUGGCCGCGGACAUCUACGAGUGCCAGCUAGCGGGAGUCGGAGACCCAGGGAGCCGACAGGAUCUGAUGGUGAAGCGGGGUGACGCGCUCGCUUUCGGGGGCAAAUUCACCGAAGCUCUCGACUUGUACCGGCAAGCCUCAGAGACAGAGCGGCUGAAGCCUGCCCAGCUGGCCAACCUCAUAGCGUACCUGUCGGGUAGCAUCCGGAGGCAGGACGCGGGGGGCAGCCGGCGCAGCGGCGGAGGAGCAGGAGAGGAGGCGGCGGCGGCGGCACCGCCAGCUCCACCGGGGCGUGCAGCUGCUGCCAAUGCUACAGGUGGCGGGCAUGCGGACUUCUCCUGCCGGAUAUGUCUGAGCUUUCUGUUCGAGCCCGUGACUCUGCCGUGCGGACACAGCUUCUGCAAGAAGUGUCUGGAGAGGGAGACGAGGAUGAAGGAGCGGCCGGUCGUGUGUAAGGAGUGCAACGACAACUCCCCGGCGGACGAGCAGAGCUACCGGGUGAACGUGAUGCUCAGCAGCCUGCUGGUCAAGUGGCGCCCCAGCCUGCAGCAGGCCGGCCGGCUGAGGCGCGAGGGCAACGGGCUGUACGCCGACAAGAAGAUGGAAGCGGCACUGGAGAAAUACAACCAAGCCAUACUGAUAGCACCCAUGGACCACAUACUGUUCAGUAAUCGCUCCCAGAUCAACUCUAGCCUGAAACACUAUGAAAAGGCUCUGAGAGACGCUGAGACUGCCUGCAGCCUCAAGCCUCGCUGGUCCAAGGGUCACGUCCGUAAGGCCCAGGCCCUGGUGUCGCUGGGUCGGUCGGAGGAAGCUCUGAGAGAGUACCUGGAGUGUUUGUCCAUAGAGCCUGACUGCAGACUGGCCAAGAUUGAGGCUCACAAGCUCCUGAGUCAUCUCCUGGCUCCAGUCACAGACCAGGUCCCCGAACACAUCGCCGACUACUCCAGCAUAGGGUCUUCCAGAGCACACAUCAAGAGCAGCUUCAGUUCUCCCUUCCAGCCUCUUAGUCCCAGCUUGGUGUCUUCGGAGUCCAGGCUCAACUCCACUCCUCCCGCCCUUCUGAUGUCAGGGGGCAGAGUUCCCAGUUUCCUCUUAAAACGAAAGCGAAGAAGCUCAGAGGAGAAGCAGGAGGUGGAGGAGCGAGGACUGGAGAGGAACGACGGGCACAAGAGAUGUAGAUCUGAGGCGGUCACUGGCUCAUCGAGCUGUGAGGUCUUGGACCCAUCAGAUGUGGAGUGUUCCCUUUGUAUGAGACUGUUCUAUGAGCCUGUGACGACGCCAUGCGGUCACACCUUCUGUCUUCAAUGUCUGAAGCGAUGUCUGGACCACAACCCGAAGUGUCCGCUCUGUAAAGAAGAGCUGUCCGAGUACCUGAUCCAGAGGCAGUACUCUAAGACAGUACUAAUGGAGAACCUAAUAUCGAAGUAUCUUCCCUCCGAGCUCAUGGAAAGACAGAAGAUCCACCAGGAAGAGAUGGCUGAGCUCUCCAACCUUAACAAGAAUGUGCCUAUAUUCGUGUGCACCAUGGCCUUCCCCACUGUGCCGUGCCCUCUCCAUAUCUUCGAGCCUUGCUACAGACUGAUGAUUCGCCGAUGCAUGGAGACAGGAACAAACUGCUUCGGCAUGUGUCUGGCAGACAACCUCAAAGGGUUUGCAGACUACGGCUGCCUGUUGGAGAUCCGCGACGUGAAGUUCUUCUCUGAUGGUCGCUCAGUGGCGGACACCAUCGGUGGACGGAGAUUCAAAGUCAUUCAGCACAGCGAGAGGGACGGAUACAAUACAGCUGAUAUAGAGUACCUGGAGGAUGUUAAGGUGGAGGGUGUAGCAGAACGAGAGCUGCAGUCUCUGCAUGAUGCAGUGUACGACCAGGCCCUGGUGUGGGUCAACUCCCUGAAGGCAGAGCAGAAGGAACGCAUUGAAGGACACUUUGGACCCAUGCCUGAGAAAGACCCCGAACUUCAGGUCGGUCCCAAUGGUCCGUCAUGGUGCUGGUGGUUACUCGCCGUUCUUCCGUUAGAGGGCAGAGCCCAGCUGCCGUUUCUGGCCCUCACUUCUCUGAAAGAUCGUCUCAGCGGUAUACGCAAGGUGCUGCUCUUCAUGGCCCAGAGCAGGCACCGGUGACAUGCCCCCCCCCCCCACAACCCCACACCCCCACACCCUGCAUUGGCAGUUGACCUGUUGUUCUUCCGUUUUGACGCACAAAAAAUUGACAAUAGUUGCACCCUUCCUGACGUCACGCCACGCUGGAUUUCAUCUACACCUCAGCAGCAAAGAUGAAAUACAUCUGAUGGAACUGACCUCUUCCAAAUAUGAAGUUCUCAACACACUGCAGAGUAAACUCAACUAAGGUGCAGACUUACGCUCCAUUCGGACAGGAGGGGAACUACGUUGGAGAAUCAUCACCUUCUAUUGUAACAUUUGAUGUCAGUUGAUGUCAGUGCUAAUGAAGCUAAGUGUAUGUUUCUAUCUAACCUCCCUCGUUCAGCUCCAAUCUGUCCGUACUCCAGUGUUGCCUUUCUGGCCCUCCUCCAUUGUUUUUGUAGUUCUCUGCUCUUCCUGUUGCAUACAUGUGUGUGGAUGACACGCUAAACAAAAAACGACAAAAAAAGUCAAAGUGCAUCUUUGCAUUCUUAAAAAAUGGUGUCUAUUCUGAAUAAAAACCGGAGCUGCGUCUCUCAUCGUAGCUAUAAAGCAAAGAUGAAGCAAAGUUCCAAAUCAAAGUGUCCCCAUCCUAUAUCUCUUUAUAUGCACAUUUAAAUUCUAUAAGAGACCAAACUAUGAAUUUGCCUUUUUGUGUAAAUACACUCGCCACAGUUGAGUGACCAAUUACAUUACAAGUGAUAAGAUUUAUUUCUAUUAUUUUCAAAAUAUUCGCUGGUUGAAAUCUAUGUAAACUGGGUGCAGACAUUUAUAGUUAAUCCUUUAACUUGAACAACUAUUAGUUUGUAACAGUCGUUCUGUCUGCUUCCCUUCCUUUCCUCUUCCAUUUCGGUCUCUGUCUCUUUGAGCUGACAGUGGGCUGAACCUUUACAUCGAUAUGCUUCAAGGCUCUUGUUGUUGUGUUUUGUUCAUCCAAUUUUUUCUAAUUUGUUGGAUUUUUCCAUUAUUUAUUUUUUAUCAUUAUUUAUGCAUGCAGUGACAUUGUUUACAUUUCACGGAGAGGGAUGAUGAGCUGUUUUUUAACUUAUCAUUUGACCCAACCAUCAGCAGUAGUGACCUUCUAACAGAAACAUCCUUCACUCAAUCCAGAAAGGGUAACAACAUGGCUGACACUGACAACUGCACCGGGUACUGUGACCCCCGGUGACCUAGAUUUCUGGAAUAUUUGUUUUAGCAGAAUCUCUGCUAUGUUGACUUAAACAUAUUUGGAUUCCUACUUUGUCUGCAGCCUCUCUCUGGCUGAGAUAUUUGUUAAGCCCACAAUGCACAGCCAGAAGUCCUGACCAGAACCUGGAUUACUGACAACUUAAUAUCCCUCAAGCGUAUUUAUUCAGUAUUUAUUCUGACUUAUUUUGCACCACUUUAAGUAAGGGAAUAGAAACAGUGCAGACAGGCUUCUGUGUGUUUAUUUCCUCCAUGGCAGAAGUUGGAAUGCUUUUCUUUUGCAUCUCCUCACAGGACAACAUGACUGCUAAAGAUCUGCAUUCAUUAGAGUGUGACCGGUGCUACACUAUUAGUAAAGGCUAGUGCCUUCACUUCACAGUAAAAUGUAGUGUUGAUAUGUUAAACACCUAAAGAACCAUACCAGGUUCAUUUUACCCUGCAGAUUGAAACUUUCAAAACAAGAUUUUCACAGGGAGGAAAUACUGUUAACGGACUGAAAACAAAAGCAACAUAUUUUUGUUAGGAAAAAUAUUGAGGCCUUGCUGAUGUCUGUGACAUAAUGUUAAUCUAUGGAAAAAUACAGAAGAAUGUUAGGCUUUGUUUUAUACAUGUGUUUGAUUUUACUUGUUUCUAUGUCAAUCAGGUUCUCUGUAUUUAAUAUUUUUCCUCAUUAACUGGUUAGGGUCAGGGUUAGGAUUUUCUUUUGAAGGGCCAAAGCCAUGUAAUGAGGAGACAACUAAAAAUACUACAAUCUGUAUAUAUUUACCCACAAUAAUUUGCUGACAGAAUUAAUGCAUUUUAUGAUUUUUGUUACUGCCAUCAAAUGGUGGCUAUCUGGCACAGAUUUAAACAGCAAUACUUAAUAAUGUAAGCUUCUAGCCUAUAUUUCUGUGUAUUGAACAGACUGGUAAAUGCUGUUGUUUGAAGAGGCAUUUGCACAGAGAAACCCACUCUACGAUAAUACGUACAAUGAUGGCCUCAGUAGCGUCGCUGCUAUCAUGAUUCGAUAACCAUUAAGAAACUAUAAAUAAGCUCAGACUGGGCAGGAAAGGGAAACUUUCAAUAAUCACACCAUGUAUAACAGCAUAUCACAUAAAUAAUUCACAUUCAGGGAAGGAGGAGGCAAUGUUAAACUAUUACUUCAAGUUUAUGGCAUGGAAAUAAGUUAAAGUCAGUUAGAUCGACAGUAUCAAAAUGAGCUAAGCGUAACACCUUUUUUGACAUAAAGGUAUAGUUCGACAUUUUGGGGAAAUUAGCUGAGUUGCUUUUUAGUCCAGAGCUAGUUGUGGGUAUUAUUUUUAGGUUUUGUUAGGAUGAACCAUAUUCGUGAGACAACCUUUUUUGUCAUGUGCUUUAAGUUGUCGACAAGUUGUCAUUUGUGAGAUUAGAUUUUGAUGAGUUUGAUAAACCGGCUGUACCAUGUUUCUGUUGUUUUGGAGGUGCUGAACUUUAGAUAGAGCCAAUCUAACAGUUUCCCCUGAUUCCACCCCCAAUGCCAGUUGAAAGCUAACCUGCUGCUAGCCCUAGCUUCAAACUUAGCAUACAAACAUUAGAGUUGAGUCAAUCCUCUUAGCUCUUGACAAGGUGGAUGAGUGUUUUUCCUUAUAAACUAAGUCAAACCAUGCUUAUAGCAGUAACUAUAUAUUUAUUUAGCUGCUAUAUUUUUUAUUUUUAUUGUCCUCUUUUUGUCACUGCUGAGAUUCCAUAGCCUCGGAUGAUUAAAACAGGUUAGAUGAUGGAACCAAGUUGGACUAUUACUACAUUGGAAUUUGUCUUGGUGUCACCUACUGAAUCCUUAAAGGUCAGGAUUGGUCUAUAACCUGCUUUUACAGCUUGAUGGUAACAUUCUAUUUUGUGUAGCAUUCAAAAUUCAUGAUAACUGUGAUUGGGAAAAGAGCCACUGGCAGAAAUGUGUGUCCCUAGGCUUUUUAUUUCUAUACUUCCAGUUUGUAUCUCUGACCAUAACGUUGCAGAUGUAGAGGAAGUUAGAUCUUUUUUACUUUUUUGCCGCCUAGCUAUGCAACAACAGUUCACAUCUUGACCUUUCAGAAUUCAACCGGUGACCUUUUGAAGAAGUGUAACUACCUCUGGUACCCUCUUUGAGCACUUCCACAUAGAGAGAAAACAAAUUAUGCUUCCUAAUUCUAUUAUUUUCUUGUUAAUGUUGUUUAAUCCGUGUUUGAAAUGAAAUUUCAGAGUCUCGUAAUGUAUAUCAUCACAUGUCCCAUCAGUGCUCCAAAAUGUACUUUUUGUUCAAAUUUGUGCCUGUGUUAAAAUGCACCAUCGUCGACACCUCACAUUUUUAAAAGAGAUUAUGCCACUGGUCAGUUCAGUGAAGAGAUUUCUUUGUGAUAUGUUUGAUGCUGAUCCCAAAUAUUUGACGUGUUUGAAGAAGCGCCUAAUUUUCUUCCUUUCCAAUUUGAAUAGCGUCUUAAAAACAAAGUUGGAGUCAAACAUAGUCGGAUCCCCUGGCUGAACUGCCGACUUCACACUCUUGCUCUGCUAUUUGGCCUUAAACACUUCACAUCUUCAAAAAGCAAGCGCUUCUCACGUGUGUUCAAAUAUUUGCACUGACUUCAGUUACUAGAUUGUCUGAAUCUUAACUCCUGUAGAACUCCAUGGCCUCUAAAUGUGUCCGGGUGAAUUCGCACAAGAUGAAUGUAUGUAUGUCUCGACAUCGUUCUGAUGUAUUUUGUACGUGUCUGCUUUUGAUAGUUAAACUUUAGUAUUCAUUAACUUUGCAAAAGUGGAGUCUGAAGCUACGGCUUGUGAAUAAACCAAAAGGAUUGUGUUCAUGAUUCUUUAUUGGAUUAUCGAAUGCACCUGACUGGACUAGAA